AUGGAAGAAUGUGAAGUACUUUGUUCAUCGAUUGCAAUUAUGGUAAAUGGUUGUUUUCGUUGUCUUGAUUCAACUCAACAUCUGAAAAAUCGUUUUGGUGAUGGUUAUACAAUAAAAGUUUGUUUAAAGUCUUCAUUGAAUUCAACAUUAGAUCAAACAAUUCUUGAUUAUUUUUCAUCAAAUUUUAUCUUAAAAGAACAUAUUUUUUCUAAACUUCAAAAUUUAUUAAUUAAUCAAUGUAUAACUGAUUAUAGUGUAUCACAAAAUACACUUGAUAAUGUAUUUGUAAAUUUUGUACGUGAUCAAUUUGACGCAUCACAACGAACAAAAAAAACAUCUAGACGAAGACAAGAACAUUUUAAUGGUAUUCUUGAUGAUGCAUUUGAUGAUGGAUCAUUCGUUGUAACAAGAUCAAGAAGAAAUAACAACAAUGAUAAUGUAAGUUUGGAAAGAAUACCGACAACUACCGCUUGUAAUUAUUUGAUUAAAAUGCAAACAGAACGAGUUAUUGAGUAUAUAAUAAAUUGGCUUAAUGAUUAUCAUAAAUCUAGCCAUACAAAAGGUUUUGUUGUUGGUGUAUCAGGUGGAAUUGAUUCAGCAACUGUAUCAACAUUAUGUGCUCGUACUGGUUUUCCUGUACUUGUUAUUGAAAUGCCAAUUCGACAAUCAUCAGGUGAAAUGCAAAGAAGUCGAGCACACAUUAAUUGGCUUACAUCAAAGUUCCCGAAUGUAACAGGUGCUGAAGUUAAUUUAAUUGAAAUUUUUGAAGCAUUUGAAAAAACAAUUAAAAAAAGUGAAGUUAAUGAAGACAAUUCUAAUACAGAACUUGCAUUUGCUAAUGUGAGAUCACGUUUACGAAUGGUUAAUUUAUAUUAUUUCGCUUCAAUUAAAGGUUAUCUUGUUGCCGGAACUGGAAAUAAAGUUGAAGAUUUUGGUGUUGGUUUCUUUACAAAAUACGGUGAUGGUGGCGUUGAUAUUAGUCCAAUAGCUGAUUUAAUGAAAUCUGAAGUACGUGCUGUUGCUGCUGUAUUAGGUGUUGGACAAGAAAUAAUUAAGGCAUCACCAACUGAUGGUUUAUAUGGUGAUACAAGAACAGAUGAAGAUCAACUUGGAGCUAGUUAUGAUGAACUUGAAUGGGCUAUGAAUCAUCUUGAUUUAAGUGAUACAAAAGAAGGAGAAGCUACAUUAACUGAUCGACAAAAAGAAGUUAUAGAUAUUUAUAAAAAGCGACAUGCUGCUAAUUUACAUAAAUUGGUUGAAAUUCCACGUUGUAUUAUUCCACCGGAAUUAAAAGCUAAACAAUCAUAA